AUGAUGCAAUCACUUGGUAUCCGUGAACUCCACCGGCGAGUACCAAUUUGGUUCUUAGUAGGUAGUACAGUCAUAAAGAUUGAGGCAAACAGGGUAUGGACACUCAACAAGUUCAUUGCCAGUUGCAACACUCCGAGCCUGCAUGGCCCGGAAGAAGCCAGCCACGAUGGUGGACACACCCUUUCACCGGGGAGCGUACCAUCGCUCGAUGGUCAAGAUACAACCACUAACCGUGUGGACGAUGCAAACACGGUCGAUCCGCGGGUGGCUCGUCAAAGCGAGUCCAUGUACAUCCUGUUCAACUCUCAAUUCAGUGCAGCGGUACCUCUGUGA